GCCUGCGAAGGUUAGUGCUGAACUUUUUCAAACGUUCACUGUUCUGUUCAAAGCUCCCAGUUCGUGGUUGCGGCCACCAACUGUCUUGAGAGUCCUGUCCUCCGUGGUGCGAUUCCAGUAUCCUAUAUCAGCCAUGAAUCAACGCACGACGUCUGGGACUAGAUGCUUCGCCGCGUCUAAGUCGUCAAGUGACCCUGUCAACUUGGACAUUGAUCACUGCGGAUGUUACACCACAGAGACUGCGAUCUUGUCUAGUUUUCAAUAUAAGACGGAGUUGACGCAUCUUCCUCGAUAGUUCCGUAUUAAUCUGUCUUUCACCGCGAAUAGUGAGUAUACUGCCUCCUUCGAAGCCAAUCUCAUAGGACUACAACAGUUGGCGAACUGUAAUGUUCCUCCUCACUAUCGCAAGUCUGGUGACGGGCCUACUAACUUGGUUUGGUAUCCAAAACUACGACGACUCUCAUGUGUCCCUCGUGACGGACCGGAAGGUCAUCACGGCUGAGCUAUCUGCGUUCAUCGAGGAUGUCAUACAGAAAAACAACAUAUCUGGACUCACCCUUGGUGCGGUUCAUUCGAACGGACAAGUCGAACAUUCUGCAUGGGGCCGAAAAACGGAGGAUGGUCUAGACAUGACAACCGACACCUUGUUCAAUCUCGCCUCCGUAUCCAAGGCGUUCCUGUCUGCAACAGUUGGCAUCUUGAUCGACGAUUUUGCCACCGGUCGAAAUGUUACACCUUUGCCUGCUUCCAUAAAUCGUUUCGACUGGAACACGAAAGUCGCUGAUCUCCUGCCUGAUGAUUGGCAACUCAUGGAUGAAUGGGCUCAUGCCAAAGCUAACGUGAGGGACAUUCUGUCUCACGUAUCAGGACUUCCGAGACAUGACUAUUCCGUGAAGCGUACCGACUCUACUUUGGACAUCAUUCAACGGAUGCGAUAUUUGAGGCCGGCGUUCGAGCUUAGACAACGUUGGUCAUACAACAACUUGAUGUACAUGCUCGGUUCUCACCUUGUUUCAAAAUAUUCCGGUAUGCCUUACACGGAAUACAUCAAGACGCGCAUAUUCGACCCACUCAACAUGAAGUCGACCACGUUUUCAGAAUCAGUAGCUUCUCGCGACGGGAAACUGACGCAAACGUGGACCAGGUUUGGUCGAAGAAUACCGUUCUGGUUCUCCGAUGACAUGGUUGAAUUAAACUCUGGACCUGGAGGCGUCAUUUCGAGCGUAGUUGACAUGACGCAAUGGUUAAAGGCCCUCCUUCAUGCCGGCGUCAACCCAGAUACUAAUGUCACCGUUAUACCCAAGUCGGCUUUCGACGAAGUGACUACAGCCCAUGCGAUCGUCUCGGGGAAGGCAUCUGUGCCCUACGUAUCCCUCUCGGGUUAUGGAAUGGGCUGGUCUCGUCAGUCAUAUAAGGGACACGAGGUGAUCUCGCACUCUGGCGGUAUCCCCGGAUUCUCGACUCUGGUUGUAUUCUUACCCUCUGAUGAUCUCGGCCUUGUUGUGCUCGCCAAUGCAGAUCAAAAGGACAAACAGACUACGAAAAUCGUGUACCGGGCCUUUGAAGAUUUCCUGGGACUGGAGCGAUCGCAACCAGAGGAUGCACCUCCAAGACCUGAAUCAUCUGCUCUGGUUACUCACGAGAUUUCUAACGGCGAGCUAGAAGUAUACGCCGGGACGUACUACAAUGCAGGCUACGGCAGUGGCAACCUAACUCUCUGCGCUCCUACCUCACGCUCUUCACACUGCCAGCAAAUCUUGCACGACUUCUCACAUUUCACAAACGAGAGCUCGCCUCCUUCGCUCUAUGCCGCUGUUCCCACUAUCUGGUCAUCGCACGCCCGUUUUCGAUAUGUCGGGAAUGAUACAUUCAAACUCGUCAUCACGUAUCUUUUCCCUGAAGGGUAUGGAAAGGACACAUCACCGUUUGAAACGUACGAAAGCGGUGAGGCCGAGGGAACUGCGAGAUUCGUUGUGAGCAACAAAGAGACGACUAGGACGAAAUCUGUCGAGGGAUUUGGCUUGUUCGAUAUGGUUGGAGAAGUGACGGAAAGACAGAGGAAGGGUGGAACUAUUGAAGACACGGCGGAAGUUUGGUUUGAGAGGGUAGAAUAAGUUGCUCGCCAGCAACUAUGAUUCACCCUCAUUUGUAACAGUAAGUCAUAUGUUAUAGUUACUCGACUGGGAUGCGUAAAGUAUAUGACGCUCAGAUCUAUGUAGAUUUCCGGGACGAAGAUAUUUUCUGGGUUCAAGUUUGACCGGCCGAGGAUGUCAUUGUCGUGAUUAUCUGUGUUUCUCCGAUUUCCUUUCUAUCGUCCCUUGACCGCCACUACGCACAUUGAUCGCUUGACGAAUAGGUAAAUCGCCCGGUACAUUUUCAGGCUGUUGAGAGGAAGUUCAAGUAUUCUCGGGUGCGUUAACACUCAGGCGCAGACGAUAAGCCGCCACGAUCUACUCUAUCAGAGGAACGCUCUCUCAUUCAGAGGUUACCGACUGACAUUCAAGCAAUCCAGAUCAUCGUUUGAAGCAAAUUGCAACGUAUCUAUUGUCCGCAUUGAAUCGACGAUUCGUAGUCUUUCCAAAUGCGUACAAUGUCUUCCCCCAAAAGCAACGCCUUGGAAGAUGACGUAGGUGACAUCAUGACCUCAGGCCACAAGCCUCCUCUCCACUGGGCACAGGCACAAGCAGCUCUUCCGCCCCACCAUAGGUCCACCCAGGACUUCAGAUAU